AUGGCUGAAUUCCAACACGCUCCAGAAGUCUCUUUUGACGAGAUUGAUUACAGAAAUGCCAGCGAUCUUAAGAAUGCACAAGAAUCUUUGCUGAAGGAACAGUUUGUGAAAAUUGAGGUUUUGAAAAUCGUCAGAAAAUCACUUGAAAACUGUUUCAAAGUCAACGGUCCAAAUGGUUACGAGGACUGCAGAGAGAUUGCAGACAAGUACUUGGCUCUUCUACCUGAAUCUAGAGCCCAAGGUUACUUAGGAUACCAAAGAAACGAUCCAACCAAAUAA